AUGCCCGGAAAUCCAAUAGAUCGUUUACAUGCCGGACAAACAGUUGAUAUUCAACGUUCAAACGGUCGUAUUCAUCAAGCUGUUAUUACAUCCAUUAAUCAUGAAGCUAAAAGUGUCACAGUCGAGUGGCAAGAGCGUAACGAAGGGAAAGGAAAAGAAGUUGAUUUAGAUGCGAUUAUACAAUUGAAUCCAAGUUUAUUUUCAACUCCGCCAACUCAAACGAAUGGCGUUGGUGGUGGUAUUGAUGAUAAUAACACCAACGAUCAUCAAGAUCGCCAUAAUACAAAUGGUGGAACAGUUUCAAAUUCAAAUCGUCGUUCUAAACAACAGGAGACAUCUCCAUCAGAUCAGUAUGAAACUAUUGCUGCAACACCACCAGUUGCAGUAAAUCAACAACCACAGCGAAAUCGUUUACAACAACAGCUAUCAAAUCGGCCAGUUAGUAUAUCGAAUUCACCUUUGCGAGGUCAUAACGACGAACAAAAUGAACGUAAUAGCCAACGAGGAGUAAUUAACGCGAUCGUUUCAAUUCCAAUCAAGCAACAACAACCACAACAACAACCACAACAGCAACAACAACAACAACAACAACAGCAGCAGCAACAACAACAACAACAGCAGCAGCAAAUGCUACAGCAGCAACAAUCAGAGGGAAAAUCAAAAGUAGUUAAAGAAAUUGAACGUAUCGCACAAAAGCGUGAAGAACGUCGUGCUAAGCAAGGUGAACGUCGACAAAAAUUAGCUGAAGUUGAUCAAUCGAUCCCCGCUUGGGAAUUUCAAGCUAUGGUACAAGAAUAUCGUCAACAAUUAGAUAUUAAAUUAGUACAAAUGAAUGAACUACAAAAGGAUUUGAAAAUAUGUGUCUGUGUACGUAAACGUCCAAUAACAAAAAAAGAAUUGGGCAAAAAAGAUAUUGAUGUACUAACAAUACCAAAUAAAGAUUUAGUUAUUGUUCAUUUGCCAAAAGUUAAGGUUGAUUUAACGAAAUAUAUUGACAAUCAAAAAUUUCGUUUUGAUUAUGGUUUUCAUGAAACAUGUAGCAAUGAAAUAGUCUAUCAUUUCACAGCUCAACCACUUGUACAAGCAUUAUUUCAAGGCAAUAAUCCGCUAGUGUUUGCUUAUGGUCAAACAGGCAGUGGAAAAACAUUCACGAUGGGUGGAGAUUUAAGUCAACGUGAUGUUGAUUUUUCAAAGGGUAUUUAUGCAUUAACAGCCAAUGAUAUAUUUCGUUUAUUAAAUACAAAAUAUAAACAGCAAUUCGAUGUUUAUUGUACAUUUUUUGAAAUUUAUUGUACAAAAGUAUUUGAUUUAUUUAAUGAUAAAAAACGUUUACGUGUAUUAGAAGAUCAUAAACAAUUGGUACAAGUUGUUGGAAAAAAAGAAGAACAUGUUGAAUCGGUUGAAGAUGUUAUGCAGUUAAUCCGACGCGGAAUGAGUGUUCGAACAUCUGGAACAACAUCGGCAAAUGAACAUUCAUCACGUUCACAUGCUGUUUUUCAAAUAACGUUAAAGCGAAAAAGUUCAGUAAAAGAAUAUGGAAAAAUAUCAUUGAUCGAUUUAGCUGGUAGUGAACGUGGGCGAGAUACACAAACAACUGAUAAAGUGACACUAAUGGAAGGUGCUCAAAUUAAUAAAUCAUUAUUAACAUUAAAAGAAUGUAUUCGUGCCCUAGGACGUAAUGCUGAACAUAUUCCAUUUCGAGGUUCAACAUUGACAAAAGUACUGCGAGAUUCAUUUAUCGGUGAAAAAUCGAAAGUAUGUAUGAUCGCUAUGGUUUCUCCAGGUAAUAGUGAUGCUGAGCAUACAUUGAAUACGCUACGUUAUGCUGAUCGUGUCAAAGAAUUGAACGCUGAUGAAGUUAAAAUUCGCGGUAAUGGUGGCGGUGUUGACAGUGAUAACGGUGGCAAUGCCGGUGGACCACUGUAUGAAGAAGAUGAUAUAGACGAUGAUGAUGAUGAUGAUGAUAUAGAUGAUUCUGCUGGCUUGACAAUGAGUGUUUCUCAACCGACACCUAGACAAUCACAACCACAACAGCAAACGACAGCAGCACCAAAACAAUCGAUAAUGAAACGUCAGAGUGUUCAUCAAGUGAAAUCAGAGGCAACAAGAAAAUUUGAAGAUGCCAUUGCUAGAAGUCAAGACAUUGAAGAUCAAACAUUAGAAUCUCAUAAUGCUCUAAUUGAUAUGUUACCACAAAUUGUUAGCGAUCAUCAAGGUUUAUUAGAUUUAUCAACAAAUAUGAACUAUGAUAGAGAUAAUUAUGCAAAAUGUUUAAUUGAAUUAAUUGAAGAUCAACAACAAUAUUUAACAGAAUUACGAUCAAAAGCAUUACAACUGAGAGAUGCUGUAGCAUAUGAAGAUUUAUGUGCAAAAGCUCUAUCUAAAUAA